AUGGAGAAGAUCAUUAGCUCAGGAGUAUGUUUUGUGACUAUGCUUUUGCUUUUAACUCAUUGUCUAGUAAUCGAAGCUCAAACAUGUAGACCGAGUGGAAGAAUCAUAGGUAAGAAACCUCCUUCGAAUCAAUGCAACCAAGAGAAUGACUCUGAUUGUUGUAUUCAAGGAAAACCUUACACGACUUACAAAUGUUCACCGUCGAUUACAAGUAGUACUAAGGCGGUCCUUACUCUCAACAGUUUUCAGAAGGGUGGGGAUGGGGGAGGCCCAUCUGAAUGUGACAACCAAUAUCACUCGGACGACACUCCUGUUGUUGCAUUGUCCACCGGAUGGUACAACAACGGGAAGAGGUGCCUUAAUGAUGUUAUUGUUAGUGCAAAUGGAAAAAGUGUAAGGGCAAAAGUGGUGGACGAGUGCGAUUCAACAAUGGGAUGCGAUAGCGAUCAUGACUAUCAGCCCCCGUGUCCCAACAACAUUGUAGAUGCGUCUAAAGCUGUGUGGAAAGCUUUGGGAAUUCCUGAAGGAGAUUGGGGCGAGCUCGAUAUUACAUGGACAGAUACAUGUAGACCGAGUGGAAGAAUCAUAGGCAAGAAACCGAGUGGACAAUGCAACCGAGAGAAUGAUUCCGACUGUUGCAUCCAAGGGAAACCUUACAAGACCUACAAAUGUUCACCACCAAUUACAAGUAAUACUAAAGCGGUACUAACUCUCAACAGUUUCCAGAAGGGUGGUGAUGGGGGAGGCCCAUCUGAAUGCGACAACCAAUAUCAUUCAGACGACACCCCUGUCGUGGCACUAUCCACUGGAUGGUACAACAAUGGGAAAAGGUGCCUAAAUGACGUUAUUAUAAGCGCAAAUGGAAAAAGUGUAAGGGCAAAGGUGGUGGACGAGUGCGACUCCACCAUGGGAUGUGAUAGCGAUCACGACUAUCAACCCCCUUGUCCUAACAACAUUGUAGAUGCCUCCAAAGCUGUAUGGAAAGCUUUGGAAAUCCCUGAAGGAGACUGGGGUGAUCUCGAUAUCACAUGGACCGAUGCUUGA